AUGGCCAAGACGAUCACAAUAAGUAUUGUUCUCGAUCAUCACAUGUCAUAUCCUGGUACUGACAAAUUUAGGGGCGCCAUGCUCUUCAGCCAACAUUGGUAAGCUCAUGCGCAUAAUACAAGACCAAAGAAAGCAUCACUCUGACCUUAUCAGGCCCUGGUUUCGACUGCCUCGGUAUUGCUCUGUCAGUAUAUCUCGAGGUCAAGAUUACUGUCGGAGACGAGAAUUCCGCAGGGGCACCGUACAACUGCAGAGUCACAUACGAAGGCGUAGGAAAGGAGAAUGUUGACCUAGAGCCGGACCGAAACCUCAUCACGCAAGCUGCGCUCUACGUUCUCCGAUGUCAUGGAAAACGCUCAUUCCCGCCCAACACCCAUGUGCACAUCAUCAAUCCAAUCCCUCUGGGGCGUGGUCUUGGGUCUUCGGGAGCGGCAGUCGUGGCUGGUGUCUCACUAGGUAAUGAAGCUGGCGAACUUGGACUGUCGAAGGAGCGGAUGUUCGACUUCCAGCUCAUGAUCGAGCGACAUCCCGACAAUGUGGCUGCUGCUUUAUUUGGUGGUUUCGUCGGAAGCUACCUCAAGGAGCUGAAUCCUGAAGAUAUGAAGCGCAAAGAGAUUCCUCUCGCCGAAGUCCUACCUGCACCGCAAGGAGGUGAAGACACUGGUCUGACUCCUCCUAUACCACCUCUCCAGAUCGGACAGCACAUACGCUUCCCUUGGAACAAGGAUAUCAAGUGCAUUGCGAUAAUACCGGACUUCGAAGUAGCGACUGCGGAGGCUCGAGCGGUGCUGCCACAGCAAUACUCGCGAGCGGAUGUCAUCUACAAUCUGCAGCGUGUCACCCUGCUAACGACCGCCAUCGCUCAAACCCCACCAAACCCAGAGCUGAUAUAUGACGGCAUGCAAGAUAAAGUACAUCAGCCAUACCGAAAGGGUCUCAUACCGGGCUUGACAGAGAUCCUGCAUUCGGUGACACCAGAGACUCACCCUGGUUUGUUGGGCAUUUGCCUGUCCGGUGCCGGCCCGACUAUCCUAGCUCUGGCGAAUGGCAACUUCGAACAGAUCGCCAACCACCUCAUUGCACAGUUCAAGAAAGAGAACAUCACCUGCGAAUGGAAGCUUCUGGAGCCAGCAUACGAUGGUCUUACCGUGUCUUACGGUGAAACUACUGCGCCGGGAAUGACUUACGCGGAAGCGGGUGUAUCGAUUGACGCCGGAAACGAGCUCGUACAGGAAAUCAAAGCGGCAGUCGCGUCCACACGAAGACCCGGAGCAGACGCGGAAAUCGGUGGCUUUGGAGGUGCUUUGGAUUUGGUCGCUGCAGGCUAUCAAGAACCCCCUGUCCUCAUCCAAGCCAUCGAUGGCGUCGGUACGAAGCUGAAGAUCGCCUUCGCAAUGGAAGACUGCUCCACAGUCGGAAUCGAUCUCGUGGCAAUGAACGUGAACGAUCUUGUAGUGCAGGGCGCUGAACCACUGACAUUCUUGGACUACUACGGCUGCUCUAAGCUAAAUGUGCCAGAUGCGGUGUCUUUCGUCAAAAGCAUAGCGCAAGGAUGCAUCGAGUCUGGCUGCGCUCUAGUUGGGGGCGAAACAGCUGAAAUGCCAGGCAUGUACCAAGGCAAUGAGUUUGAUGCAGGCGGCUGUGCCACUGGAGCCAUCAAGAGAGGCCAGAAGAUCUUGCCUGACAAGGAUGCGAUGAAAGAGGGCGAUGUCCUGCUUGGCCUACCUAGCAACGGAGUGCACUCCAACGGCUUCUCACUUGUAAGGAAGAUCUUGGAAAAGAAAGGUCUCGACUUCAAAGACAAAGCACCUUGGGACGGCAGUAAGACUGUCGGCAAGAGCUUGCUAACUCCAACACGCAUCUACGUCAAGCCUCUUCUGGCCGCCGUAUCAAAGGAUCUCCUGUUAGGCAUGGCACACAUUACAGGCGGCGGUCUCGAAGACAAUAUCCCGAGAAUGCUACCCAAACACCUAGCCGCAGAAGUCGAUGCCUCGGCUUGGUCCGUACCGGAAGUCCUCGUGUGGCUCAAGAAAGCUGGAAACGUCAGCACUCGCGAAUUUGCAAGGACAUGGAACACAGGGCUGGGCAUGGUGAUCGUGGUGCGGGAGGAUCUUGCUGCAGAGGCCACGAAGGUGCUUGAAGAAGCAGGCGAGAAGGUCCACAGAGUCGGGAAGCUGGUGUCAAAACAAGACCAAGGUGUCAUUCUCAAAGGCACUGAGCAUUGGGAGAAAUAG